UGACUUGUUUGGGAGGGUUUCCGGAAUCAGAGGUUUUACUAUAUCGUUUCACAAUUAGUUAAGGCGACGAAAAGAACAUGAUACAAUGCUGACAAAUCACGGAGGAAGUCACCCAUCUCGCAACAAGUGUCGUUUCGGUAAGAAUAAUCGAAACACACGGACAGUUUUGGUUAGGUUUCAUUUCCCGUGAAUGACCCGCCCAGCUGAAGUCUUCUUCCUCAGUCUUCUCUCAUCUGUAUCCUCCGCAAACAAGCAGGAGAAGCGUCUUUGGUUUAUUGCUCUCCAAAACCGACAUAUUAACCUGAUAGAGGAGCUCAGCUUUAAACCGAGAGGACUGAAGAGCAGACUGAAUGAAAUCAUUAGUUACCAAUAUGUGUGAAAAGUUGACCAGCCAUCAUUGAUGAUCAGGAAAAAUUAAGCAUCACUAAUCUAUAUUUGUGAAAGAGGAAGCAGUACUGUCAUGGCAGAUCAAGGUGAAAUGAAGUUCCAGGAGGAGGAUCUGUCAUCAGACAUACAAGAUUGGAGUAAACAUCAAGUGAGGCAAUGGGUUCUCCAAUUGGAUCGCGUGGAUGACAAAGUUGCUGAAAUAUUGUUUAAUGAAGACAUCAAUGGCGAAAGUCUUCUGCUUUUAGAUACAACUGACUUAACCAAAAUUGGCGUGACUUUUGGACCGGCUAAACUUCUCAUUCGUGCUAGAGAUGAAGUUGUGAAAUUUAAAAAAGAAGAGCCAGUAGGUUCUAGAAACCAGCCUGGAAAACCAUGCAAGCCGUAUCCAUUUUGUAGAUACCACGAUACAUUCAGAUACACGGAGAGCAGCAUUCUUGAUGUUACAGAAUCAGGUGCCUCAGAUUUGAUUGAACCCUGCCACGAGUACAAAGCUUUCACCAGCACAACAGAAGAAACUAAAAUGAACAAGUUCACAUCUGAGGUCAUUCGCUUUGCAGCUGCCUGCAUGAACAGCCGUACCAACGGCACCAUACAUUUUGGAAUAGGAGACAAACCGGACUUCACCCACGGUCAAGUGUUGGGUGUGGUUGUUGAGGACAGAGAGGCUUUUGCAAAUGAACUAAAAUCUGCCAUUGAUGAUCAUUUUGAAUAUAAACAUAAACAAACUGCUCAGACAUGCGUCAGACAUCCUCGAUUUGUUGAAGUUCUCAACAAGAACAUGACAUCAUCUGACAAAUGUGUCAUAGAAGUCGACGUUGUUCCAGAGACUACGAUCUGUGAAGAAAACAGCUACCACACAAACACCAGAAAAAAGGGCAAGAAAAAAGGCAAAAGUAAAGAAACUGAAUCAGAACCAUCAAAAUGUUUCUUUAUCCGUGAUGGUGGUAGCAGCAGAGAUCUUCUUGCGCAACCAAACAAGCGAGAGUACGAGCAGUUUCUAGAAAGUAUGGCUCAGCGAUCACAACGCCGGAAAAAGGCAGAAGAGAAGCACCUCAGUGUGAUAAAAAACAGCACUCAGGGCUCUAGACUCAGUCACAUGAUCACUGGUGGCUCUCUGUCUUUAGAUAAAUCAAAUGUUGAGCAGUAUGUGAUAAUAACUAACAAGUCACACCCAAGCCAGUUAGAUUAUCUAAAAUUUCUUGUAGAUCUGAACCCAACAGCUGUGUUGGACUUUGAUCCAGAAUCAGCUAAAGAGGGAUUAGAGCAAUAUUUUGACCAGCAGAGCCCAGUAAAUGUUCAUUCACCAGCACGAUAUAAAAUCACAGAAGGAGUUGAAGACAUUGCGAACAAGUUGAAAUUAACUCAAAACACCAGCUGGGUGUUCUGCAAUGGAGGCAUUGAGCACGAGUCGCCCUCAGACAUUGACCAGUGGUUAAUGGACAAGGGAGCCUCCGUCAGAGAUGUCAUUUCCUUCUUGUGUCGCAAAGAUGUCCUUCCAAACAAGAGGUUCCUCGUCAUUUUUUUAAUUUUGUCAAGAGUGAGUGAGAAGAUGGACCCCCUUGUGGAGACUUUCAGUACAUUCUUGCAGGAACUCAGAGGCACAGAUCAGAUCCUUUGCAUAUGUGACAAUGACAAAGCAUUCACCUCCUGGAGAGACUUAAUUGAGGCUCGAUGUGGAAUCGACAUCUCAGGUAGAUGCAUACAUGAUCUCAGCUUUGCAGAAGUCAAUGGCACUAUCCUUAGCCUUUGGUCAGAGAAUCGCAGAUCCAGUCGUUUCCUAACGUGUGGUGGGUUAAGCAAAGUGUUAUUUGAGAAGAAAGUAGAGCGAAGUCUGAAUACUUUAGAUGUCCUUUGCGUGAACCAAUGUGAAGGAGGAAAUGAGGAAAAAAAUGUGAUAGAGGAGAACUUCUACAAGGGUGGAAAGGUAACGUGGUGGAAUUUCUAUUUCUCGGAGCAGCCUGGAUCCACACCGUUUAUCAAACGAGACCACUUUGACUACAUCAAGGAUACAAUCAUACCUGAUUUAUCCUCUCUGAGAAAAGCCUGUGUGUUGUUUAACCUCUUGCAUGUACCUGGAUGUGGUGGGACAACUUUGGCCAUGCACAUAUUGUGGUCUCUCCGGAACACAUUUCGUUGUGCUGUCCUCAGGAACAACAAUGCUGACUUUGCUGAAGUAGCCAGUCAGGUGACCAAACUUCUCAUGUAUAAACAUCAGGAGCAGCUGCCACGUGUCCCUGUUUUGCUGAUGAUAGAUGACUUUGAUGAUAUGGAAAAAGUAUUUGACUUGCAGCAGCUCAUUGAAAAAGAAUGCGAAGAGAAAAAAAUUCAGUCUAAGUCUGCGCAGGUGGUUUUCUUGAACUGCAUGAGGUCAGAGUCUUCUGAAACGACUGGGCAAACGGCAGAUACUGUAUUCAUUGGAAAUAAUCUCUCUGAUAAGGAAAAGAAACUGUUUGAGGAAAAACUAGUCGAAAUUGAGAAAACUUACAAGAACACUGAAACAUUCUAUGGUUUCAUGAUCAUGAAGAAGAACUUUAAGUCAGAAUAUAUUGAGAGUGUGGUCCGCAACACACUGAAGAGCUUCAAUAUGAAUCAGAAAAAUGCCCAGCUUCUUGCAGUUUUAGUUCUGUUGGAUGUUUACUGCCGCGGGGCCUCUCUAUCAGUCUCUCUGUGUGAGGAAUUCCUUGACCUUCAACCAAAACCGUUUUGUGGAUCCAACAAAGUUGAACGUGGUUUUGGAAAAUUUUCUACUUUUAUAACCAGCUGUUCAGUUCAGGGUAAGGUAGUCUUCAGAGCUGUGAAAAUGAUCCACUCAAGAAUUGCAAAGCAGUGUUUGUUGGAACUUAAAGCAACACACAAUGUCAAAAAAGUAGAAAUUGCUGACCUUCUGCUGACCACAGACGAGUUUUAUGAAAGCACACAAGGCAAAAGCAAGCUCCUGCAAGACGUUCACCACAUUUUGGUCAAGCGAUAUCAUGAAUUAGAGGAAUCACAGUUCUCUCCACUUAUUCAGGACAUUGCAAAUGAAACACCUGGACUGGAAGAGAUGGUGUUAAAAAAUGCCUCAAAGAGAUAUGAGAAAGAUCCCAUUGUCUCCCAGUUACUUGCUCGGUACUAUUACCUGAGAAAGAAAGAUUUUGUAGAGGCAAAAUUUUGGGCAAAAAAAGCAAAAGAUCUUUACAAAGACAACUCCUAUAUUGCAGAUACAUCAGCACAAGUGAUCAAGCAUGAGCUCAAGAAUGCCAUUGCAGACUGCAAGGAAGAACCCAUCAGUCCAGAGAAACUGAAAACACUUCUGAAACUGUCUCAGUCAGCAUUGGAAGCAUUCCAGGAAACACAGAACCUUGCAAAGAAGGAGUCACGCCAACGAUUACAAAUCAAAACAGACAACUCUACUUUCAACACCUCUGGCUGCCUGGGAGAAAUUCAGGUUGGUGUGCUUGUCACUGAUGUGCUGGCAAAGACCCCUGUUUUCUCUUCUGAUGGUCUUCGUCAUGACAUAAUGAGCCAGGUUCUUUCUGGAGAGCUUAAACUUUCCGACCUAGAAAGUAGGGAUCGUUGGCACACCAAAAACAAACACUACUAUUUCAUUUUGAAACACUUUGAGGAUGUACUUUACAACCUCAAAUACAGGAUGAAGAAGAACUUUGACUUCCUUGACAAUUUUUAUGUAAAUCUGGGCUCCAGAUUUGGAAUGAAAGAUAGCCGCGAGCAAAUGUCCCAAAAUGAGCUUUUCAGAUGUUUCAGACAUUAUGCAAAGGUUUUCUGUAAGACAGAUUCUGCAUCUCUUUUGAAGAAUAAAACCUUGCACACCAUGUUGGAACUACACCAGACGAGACAGUUCCUGGAAGAGGAAAAGGCUGACACCUAUUCUGGGAUUCUGAGCUGUCUCUCAAAUGAAACCUCAACUGUAAAGUUGGAAAAGAUUGCCAGACAGUAUCUCUUUAUAUGUCGGCGUUGCCCAACUCCAAAGGAGAAAGUGAACUUUAUCUAUGUCAAUGUUGUUUUGAGUCGUCUUAAACUGGAAUCACAUCUGUUACAGGCAUAUGAAGCCAUGGUAAACCUUCUCUUCCAAGUUCUUUGUGGGCAAAUCCCAUUAAGUGAGAGUUUGCCGCUCUACUUCAUUGCAGUUCUGCUGUUAUGGCCAGAGCCAAACCGUCCGGUAUAUAGAGAACUUGGAAGGUACAUCUCACAGAUGAAAACCUCUUAUCAUGCAGAGAUGAAGGAAGUGUACAACGGCAAGAGUCCCGUUAUCCAUUUCCUGCUGGGGAAGAAGCCUGGAUAUGAACGACUGGUUCACAUUGGAGAAAUCAAAAAGUGCAUCGUGGAUGGGCACCAACAGUUUGCCUCCAUGUGGGGAAGUGGCAAAAUAUGGAAGGAGAGGAACGUGGAGGAGCUCCUUUAUAGGGCCACAGGGGAGGUGCAUAGUGAUUGCAUAAUGGCAGAUACUGGUUUUCCAGUCACCCCAAUGUAUCGAAGCCAGAUUAGUGGGCAUGCAGAGGGGUCAAAAGUGUCAUUCUUCAUUGGUUUCUCCAUGAGAGGACCUGUUGCAUUUGACAUUGGACAAAAAUGAUUAUGCAUGGUCAUGACAGAGCUGAAACACGCUACCUUUAUCUGGCAGAGUUUGCACUGGACAUCUGACUAACUGUCGUCUUUGGCUUAUAUGUGAUUAUGUUUUCUUGUGUACUUUACAUAAAUGAUGUUUGUAUUUUUGUUAUUGUUGCAACGGGAGGGGGCAUUUGUCAUACAAAACCUUUGAGCAAUGUCUUAACAACAUUUAUACUGUAGCUCACAAGUCACUGCAUAUGUGAGAUUCUUUUUUUAAUAACUGUUAUGUGAUAUUUGAAAAUGAAUUUAACUGUUACUGGUUGUCGCGUUUUAGGUUAUAUGACUGAAAGUGAUAUAUGAUGGAUCUAAUAGUAUAGUUACAUCUGUUUUAUAGUACAUUUAUAUAUGAAUUGUGUACUUUUGUACUACUAAUUUUUUGCAUAAUGAUCAUUUGAUUAAUACAACUAAGUUGUAUAUGAAGUUGUCUGACGUUUAGAAUUCCAACACUUGACCUUUUAUCAUAUUGUCUUAUAUUACUUUUGCAGUUUUGUUUAAAACAACAUGAUUUGUUUUUUGUUUUCCAUGUAAAAUCUAGCACUGAGUUUUGCAAUACCUUUGCUGCCUA